AUGAAGGACCCGGAGUAUAACAUGAUUACUCACACAAUAGAAGUCAAUUGUUUGUCUGAUAAUCACAGUACUAUUUUAUAUAAAUGUUUAUCAAGCGAUGAAUCAUUAAAACACAAUGGAAUGUAUAAGCACGUAUACGUAUCUGGCAGCUUAAUAAAAAUCGAAUUGCAGAGUAAUACAUGUGAAGAUAUAAGAUAUAAAGCUAAAAACAUUUACGAUUAUUUACAAUUUUUUUUUAAAACCAUAGAAACGUUUGUAUAA